GUUUCAACACGUGCGACGACGGAAAACUGGACAAAAACAUCAAAACAUGGGCGGCAAAAAGAAAGUGCAUCCAAAGACGCGGACGGCGGCCUUCAAGGCCAGCGAGCCGAGCGAGAUCGUGGAGGCGCCGCACUCCUUCGUCAUCCACCGCGGCCUCACCUGCCCGUACAUCACGGACCUCACCCUGGACUUCCGCCGCAUCAUGGAGCCCUUCACGGCCAGCAAUCUGCGCGAAAAGCGGAUGAACCGCAUCAAGGACUUUGUCAGCCUGAGCAGCUUCUUCCACGUCUCCCACAUGGGAAUCUUCAACAAGGCCUCCACACAGCUGUCCUUCAAAGUGGUCCGCCUGCCGCGCGGUCCCUCCCUGACUUUCAAGGUCCACCAGUUCACCCUGGCCAGGGAUGUCAUCUCGCUAGCCAAAAAGCAAAUGAUCGACAACGAUCACUUCAAGCACGCCCCCUUGGUCAUCAUGAACAACUUCAGUGGGGAUGGCAAGCACCUAAAGCUGAUGGCCACCACUUUCCAAAAUAUGUUUCCCUCCAUCAACCUGGCCCAGGUCAACAUAGGCACCAUCCGUCGCUGCGUCCUGUUCUCCUACAAUCCGGAUACGAAGCUGGUCGAGAUGCGACACUACUCCGUGCAGGUGGUGCCCGUGGGCUUGAAGCGAGCGGUCCAGAAGAUCGUCAAGGGCACUGUGCCCAAUCUGGGCAAGUGCAAUGAAGUGGUGGACUUCGUGACCAAAGAUGGCUACGCCUCCGAAUCAGAGGCCGAGGAUGACGAGCAGUCGCACGUGGUCCUGGCACAAACGCUCAAGAGCAAGGGCAACCUGGAGGACAACAAGAGCUCCAUCAAGCUGCACGAGAUCGGACCUCGUCUAACCAUGCAGCUCAUCAAAAUAGAGGAAGGCCUCCUGACCGGCGAAGUUCUGUAUCACGACCAUGUGGUAAAGACUGAGGACGAAAAAGAAACCAUGCGCAAGCUGGUCGAGAAGAAGCGAAAGCAGAAGGAGCAACGCAAGAAGGAGCAGGCCGAGAAUCGAGCACGCAACUUGAAGCUUAAGAAGGACGAAAAGUGGGCUGCCAAAAGGGCGGCGGAGGGACGCAAUGACAGCGAUCCCGAGGACGAUGCGGAGUACUACAAGGAGGAAGUCGGCGAGGAACCAGAUGAAGAACUCUUCAAAAUGGAAGCAAGAUCCUCUCGCAAGCGGCCUAACCUGAGCGGUGGAAUGAAGUACAAGAACAAGCGUGCCAAGCUGGAUCCUAAGGACCAGAAGGACAAGAGCGAUCGCAAGGACAAGUUCGACCGUAAGGACCGGAAGGACAAGUUUGACCAUAAAAACAAGAAGGACAAGUUCGACCCCAAGAACAGGAGAGCCAAGUUCGAUCCCAAGAACAAGCGCGCCAAGUUUGACCACAAAAAGAGUAGGAAAUCAAAGUAGUACAUUAAACAUAAGCUAUUUUAUAAAGACCGUUGGUUAGCCUGA